CUUGACAAUACCAGUGAUGCUAUGGAUAAGAAGAAUGUUCCCACAUCUAAGGGGAGAUCAUCUUUCUUCGAAAUAUUCAAAAUGCGAUGCAGUGAAUCAGACUUAGGGCCAAUAAGUCUCAACUGGUUUGAAGAGCUGAGUUCAGAAGUCCCACCUUAUGACUGCAAAGUAUCAGAAGAUGAUGAAUAUAAAGUUAGCUUCCUGGAUAAAGGUACUUUUAAGAUGCCAAAGAAGACGCUCUUUACAAAUAGUCAAUUAGCUUCAACUCCAGAGAUUUUUAAAGAUCAGAGUAAAACCUUACUGCUGUUUGGAUCUCCAGUAAAAGAAGUGGAUCAGAGUACAGCAGAAGAAGGCAGAUCAGUUAGUGAAGCCCCUGCAACAAGGACAAAAUUGGAUCUAUCAAAUGAAGUAAUCAGUCCUCCUUCGAACACCUGUCUCAUAGCAAGCCCAGCUGUUUUAAUAAAUAUAUGUGGAACACCUCUAGGAAAUAAAUCUGUGUUAAAUGGAAGUUUGCUUUCUACGCCAAAGGUUUUUCAGGCUCAGACACCAAAAUGCAUUUCUGAAAGCUUGGGAGCAGAAGCAGAUCCUGAAAUGUCUUGGUCAAGUUCAUUGGCUACACCCCCUACGCUUUCCCCAACAGUACUAAUAGCUACAGGAGAUAAGGCAACUUCUGGAAAAAAGCAACAUAAUGAAAGACUUGCUUUGAUCAUGCAAAGCUUUUUAUCCAAGUAUGGGAGAGGUGCUGGUAAAAACAGUGUGAAUGUACUGUCUACAGCAGGAAUAGAAGAAUUGGGUUCAGAGACUGAUAGCAAGAACCAAAAUUUUGGAAAAUUAUUAGAUGGCUGCUUUGGAAUAGACAAACUUCCCAAUAAGUCAAGUGUGAACCAAAACCCACCAAAUGUUUUAGAAGAUGAAGAGAUGCAUGAAGAAACUGAUACUGCAGGAGAAAUUGAGAGUAGUUUUUCUGUAUGCCUUGCAAGUGGCAAAACUUUCCAAAGAGAAACGAAAACAGCCAAAUGGAGUAAGAACAAAUACUCUGAUAAAGUGCAAUAUGAUGGCCUUCAAGAAAAUAAUGCAGUGAAAUUGGAUUCUAAAGAUGGCAGUAUAGGAGAAUAUGAAACUGAGUUAAAUUCCUCCAAUUAUAAUCUGCACGCAAAGAUCAUUCCAGGUAAUAGAACACAAAACCACCAUGUGACUCAAAAUAACAUAUGUGUAGAAGAAGAAAUGCCAUCAUCUGUACUGUCUUCAUGGUCUCAGUUGGACUUGUCUGGUCUUGAAAUAACACAGCUGGGGAAAGUGUCUUCAUGUUAUACUAGCUCACCUAAUGUUUAUGCCAAGAAAAAUUCUGAAGACCACGUACCAUCUACUGUGAAAGAGUGUGCUAGUACUUUAGAAUCACGCAUACUAAACACAUCAAGUCUAAUAAAUGUCCACAAAUUAUUGAACAUUAAUUCUCCAGAAAAACUACCAGGUUCCAAAAAUUCUCCAGUGCCUGUUGAAAUGAGAAACAGCCCAAGGCUAGUGAAAGGUUGUGAGGCUAUGCAGGCUUCCAUCACAAAUGACUCAGAAAAUGCUUCCUUCUUAAUGGAAAACACAACUUUUACGGAAUUCUUGGAAGCUCAUAGCAGUUGCCAUCAUAAAUACUCAAAAGGAAAUUCUAAGACUUCCUCUGGCUCUCUUGGAGAUAGUACUCUAACACCAGCUGCUGGUGAUAGUAGAGGACUUAAAAGGUCAGGCUUAACAAUGAUGAGCUCACUUUCCAAUUUUAAAAGGCGACCCAAAAAAUUUGUUUAUUCACUAAAAGACACUUCAGUAUGUCAGGAAGAAAGGACCACACAGACAGGCGGAUCUUCUUAUCUUGUGCCAUCUGGUGCAAAAUUAAAAUCUUCCAAGUCUGGAGUUUCUGGAACAGCCAUUGGGAAUGAAGCUACUAAUCAAGAAACAGAGUUAAGUGAAAACAAGAUCCACACAAGUAGUAGCAAAGAUACUUCAGAAAUAGAAAACAGGGCAAAAUGUGCUCGCCUCACAACCUGUAGUUCAUUCCAAGAAGGAAGUUCUGAGGAAUCUGGGUUGACAAUACAAGCAUUGAAAAGGAGAAAAAAGCAAGCACCUUUGGAAUUAGCUGCGCAGCAUUUUUUGGGAAGCAGCACUCAAAUGGCUGAACUUGUGCAUCUGUCAAAGAAAACGUCAAAGCCUAACGUAGAUGAGCCUUCUAAGUUUGUAGCAUUGGAGAAAAGUUUAGAUCUGAGACAACCUGUUCUAGAUAAUAACAAGCAGAGACAGUUAGGACUUGCAAGUCAUAAUGAAAAUCAAGGUUUUCUUGGCUUCAAAACUUCAUCCAAUAAACCAAUAGCUCUGUCUGAUGACAACAUCAGAAAAGGCAGAUUGCUGUUUAAAGAAAUAGAAGAUCAAUUUCUUAAAGACUUACCCUGUGAACAAACGCAGUGUAUUCCAAAUAAAAAUGUAGAAGAAAAUGCUGAAAUUUCUGCAGUUAAAAUGAAUAAAUUAAACAAAAGCAUAUCCAACUUUUCACAUGCUUCUGAUUCACAAGUUGGCCUUAUUGAAUUAAGUGAUACCCAAAACAUGUUUUCUGAGUUUUUCCUGAAUGCAUCAUUUCAUAACAUGCUUAAAAAUCAGCAACCUGAAGGAAAACACAAUUUAACAGCAAGUGAAGAAGCAGAGGUCAUUGAGCUUUCUAAUAUACUGGAAGAAACAGGUAGUCAGUUUGAAUUUACACAGCUUAGAAAGCAAAAGGCUAUGUUGCAAAACAGUGCUUGUAAAGCACCUGGAAGCACCAAUAAACAUGAAAUAACUAAACUGGACAUAAAUUCUGAAGCAUGGAAAGAUGAUUUUAAGGAAAGCUGCCAACCAAAACCUCAGCAAGACAGUGAUCGGUCUCCCCUUAAGUAUAGAGACACCACUGAAGAAUCUGCGAUACAGGAACGUAGCAAUGAAGAGCUUGCAUUAGUUAAUAUGGCAAGCAAAAAGCAAAACAGGGAUUGCUCUGUUCCGAAUGCAUUAGCAUCUCUACAUUGUGGCUUGUCUGAUUUGGUGGCGUAUAGAACAGCUGGGAGAAAAGAGAGUGCUAUUUCUAGUGAGAUCUUUAACAAACCUGCAGAAUUAGUCAGUAAUCUAGAUGGAAUGGAUGAAAUGCGUAACCUUCAUAAAACUAUGUUAAAAAAUAAUUGUUCAAAAAGAUGUGAAACUUGUUGGAAUAAUCCUAAAUAUAUGAAAGAAAUGAGUGUUGAUUGGCAUCAGAUGGUCAAAGCAGUAAGUGCCGAAUACAUGAUGAAAAAUAAUGUGAGAGACACUAUUAACUUUGUGAAAGGAAAUAUGGAAAAGAAGUCAAAUGGAACAGGUUAUAAUGAAGACAGUAUUCAUAUUUCUAGAACAACAGAAGUUAAUCUAAAAAUUGUUCAAAAGUAUUCUAUUCAUAUGACAGGAAAUGACCUGUCAACUGUUGAAAACAAUCACAGCGUAUUAGUCUCACGUCACUGUAUAAACUGUGAAGAGACUCAUUGUAAUGAUUUGCAAGAAACAUUGUCUGACCUAACAUGUUUAGUUGAAGUUAGUAAAACUGAACAGAAUUCCAUUCUGAAUAAUGUAGAUGAAAAAGAAAACCUAAAUUCUAAUCAACAAGGGGAAAAGAUACACAGUCCAGAGGGUGGUUAUUUAGUACACACCAUGGCUGGUCAGAACAUUCUUGUUCCCCAGUCGGGAAAGAACAAAACACUUCAUGUGUUGCCUGGCUGCUGUGGAGAACAACUAGAUGAUAUGUCAUCAGUUUUCUGUAGUAAGGCAGAUGUUGGAAACGAGAAGGGGGCCGUCACUUUGGUCAAAAAGAGUAUCGACUUAAAUCAAAAUGAAAACUUAAAGCACAAUAGUACAAUGGGAUUUCGCACAGCUAGUGGUAAGCAAAUUGCAAUCACUGACAAAUUUUUAGCUAAGGCAAGAUGUAUUCUUUCAGAAGAAUGUGCUUUCUCAGAAAAAGAUGGUCUUAUUAGUAAUUUUGUCAGCACUGGCAUUCAACACUCAAUAAAAGAAAAAAAGGAUGAGAUAAGGGAAGUAAGUAAGAAAUUUGAAGAUAUAAUUGAAAAGUAUAAUGAAGUUCUAAAUCUUAAAAGUUCUGACGAUCUUCUAGACCUGCUGCCAGAUAAUGUUACCAUUAAGCAGACUGAGAAUCUCAAAACAGUUAACCUUUCUCAAGAGGUUAAUACUUCUGAAAGAAGAGUAAAGCAUGAUCUAAGUGAAGGUUUGGUGACAGAGAACAAUCCAGCACCUAUAUCAAGCACAAGUGACAUUUCAAAAACUUUAUUUAUGGAUUCUGAUAAUGACCAAUGUUUACCUGUUGAAGAAGGUAAUUCAAGUAAUGUACUUGUUACUAACAACAAGAACUGGGACUUAAAUUCUUCAAAACCAAUUCCCUCUACUUUAAAGAGUUCUGCAUUACACCAUUUAUCAGAUAAUAAUGACACAAAUUUCUGUGCAGAAAAUGUUGUUUAUGUGUCCCAAAGAACAUCACCAGAAAGUUUGAAUGCAGAAAAAUUUAUCACCUUUAAAGAAACAUCUAAAAAUGUUGAUUGUAUAGUCCAGAAAUGUGAUUUAAAAUUACUGGACACAAACAGCUUACUAAAAGAUUCCUCUAGAGAAGUAUCCUUCUCUGCUUCCAAGCUUUCAACUGCAAGGCCAGUUGCGUUCAGUACAGCAAGUGGUAAAGCUGUUAACAUUUCUCAGGAAGCAUUAAAAAAGGUCAGACAGUCACUUCAUACUGACUGCUAUGAAUCCACAAAACAGAAUACAGAAUUUCAAUCUAAAACUAGUAAACGUGGCGUUUUAGAAAGCUGCUCUGAUGCCUUGGGAACUACAGAGAAAACUGCAGCGGAAAAUUCAGUCGCAGCCCAAUUUUCUGGAGCUGAGAAAUAUGGCUGGGAAGAUAAACAGGCAUUACAAUAUGCGGGACCCAUGUCCUUGGACACUGGGACUCAGUCAGGUUGUCAGACAUCAUGUGUUCAAAUGACUGAUGAGCUUUCUGAUACCUGGGCGUCCAACAAAUGGAAUCACACCAAAGCAGACUUUUCUAGAGAUGCUGGUAAGUGCGAGUUCUUCAGCACAGCAAGGGGUAAACCUGUACAGUUAACUGAAGAGUCAUUAAAGAAAGCUAGGCUACUUUUUUCUGAUAUUGAAGAAAACAAUUCAUCAGUUCACCCAAGUCAUGUGUCAAAUGACAGUUAUGCUGAAGUAUUUCCGGUUGGAAAUAAAGUGACCCCUGAAAAAUGCAAACCAUUAAUGUCCCAAGGAGAGAGACCUCCAAACACUGACGUGAAUUCACAAUUUUUUUGUGGCUUUAGUACAGCAAGUGGGAAACAUGUGCAUGUCUCUGAGAAAGCUCUCCAGAAAGUUACAGGUUUCUUCAAAGAAAUUGAUGAUACCAGCAGCAAUGAUUACUUUGCAGAUGGACAAAAUUUACAGCAGGAUCAUAUUACACCAAUAGAAGCUCCUUGUGUAGAAUCCAAACCUUAUGAUGAAGUCAUUUCAAAGUCAAAACUGCAAGAGAAGUCUUAUACUGAGAAGUACAAGCAACCAGUGCAAUGGGAAAAAACCUUUCCAUGUACAAAACAAAUAGAACCUUUGGAAAGACACCAGCCUUGCCCAAAAAGAAUGGAAACAGCAAACACAACAAGCCAUGACGCUGUUACUGAAGGAAAUCUGGAUUCUUGUUAUCCUGUGUACUCCCAAACCCCAGAAAAUGAUUUGGAAACAGAAGCUUCAGAAAGUGCCAAAGCAUUCAUGGAAGAUGAUGAGCUCAAUGAUUCAGAAGUACAGAAAAAUAAAAGAACACUGGUCUUUGUUCCUGGGAAAACUAAUUAUUUGCUGUCAAAUGCGAGAACUGGGAAAAGGCCCAUAGAAGAAGAAAACAAAUUUGGAGAACCUCCUAUUAAAAGAAAAUUGUUACCUGAAUUUGAUAGAUCAGAAGGGCCCAACAAUUCAUCUUUGAAAGCCUCAAAAACUACUCCAGAGGAUGCAAUGAAUGACAGAAGGAAGUUCAAAUACAAUAUUGACUUAAAGCCUGUAAUUAGUGUCCCUUUCAGUUCUUCAAAAGAACGGCAAGAAGUUCUGAAUCCAAAUCUUACCGCCCCAGACCAAGAUCUGAAAGGAUCUAAAUCUAAUGGUUAUCGGCAACAUAUAUCAAAGCCACCUUCGAGCAGACUAUUAGGUUCUUGGAUCCCUUUUAGUAAAACCUUAGCUGAGGAAAAAAAGAAGAUAGAAAAUGAAUAUAUUGGACGGAAACCUGUCAAAGUCUUUGUACCACCUUUCAAAACAAAGUCAGGUGUUUCUGAUGAUGAAAUAGCUUGCAGCAAAAAAUAUGGCUUACUGGAAAGCAAAAAUAUUAAUAGAAAUGGAAAGCUAAAUCCUACAACAAUUCAAGAAAGCACAAUUGAACCAGAAAAUAAUUCCUCUGAAGAUGAUGAUUCCACACAAAUAUCACUGGAGGAUUCAGAAUUCACAGAUAUAAAUUCAGAUUUAACAAAAAUAAUAAAAGAUCUUCAGUAUGCCAGAAAUUUACAAGAAAUGAGAAUUAUAAAGAAAAAAAGGCAAAGAAUUUGCCCACAACCAGGCAACCUGUAUCUUGUGAAAACAUCUGCUGCAGCAAAUAGAAUUCCUCUUAAAGAUGCAGUGGACAAGAAAUUGCCAGGUUCUUAUUUCAGUAAACAGUUGUAUAUGUUUGGUGUUCCCAAGCAGUGCAUAAAAAUUAACAGCUCAAAUGCAGAAGAUUUUCAAUUUCUCAUCCAGGAUUUUUUCAGUAAAGAAUGUUUUCUAGAAAGGCAUGGAAUACAGUUGGCUGAUGGAGGAUACCUUGUUCCCACUGAUGAAGGGAAGGCAGGAAAAGAGGAAUUCUACAGGGCUUUAUGUGACACACCUGGAGUAGAUCCAAAGCUCAUUUCAAAAGCCUGGGUUUACAACCACUACAGAUGGAUCAUAUGGAAACUGGCUGCUAUGGAAGUUGCAUUUCCACAAGAAUUUGCCAAUAAAUGUUUGACUCCAGAAAGAGUGCUACUUCAGCUAAAAUACAGGUAUGAUGUGGAAAUUGACAAAAGUCAUCGAUCAGCCAUCAAAAGAAUAACAGAGAGAGAUGAUGUUGCUGGCAAAACACUUGUGCUGUGCAUUUCUAAAAUUAUAUCAUUGAGUGCAAAUGUGUCUCACGUCUAUGACAAAAGCACUGCAGUGGAAACCAAACGAGAAGUGGCUGUGAUUGAAGUUACAGAUGGCUGGUAUGGGAUUAGGGCCAUCUUGGACUCCGCUCUGCAGUCACUGUUGCGUGGAGAAAGGCUGUGUGUGGGUCAGAAGAUCAUUGUCCAUGGAGCAGAACUUGUAGGUUCACAGGAUGCAUGCACUCCAUUGGAAGCCCCAGAAUCUCUUAUGUUAAAGAUUUCAGCUAACAGUACUCGGCGUGCACGAUGGUAUGCCAAAUUAGGAUAUCAUAGGGACCCCCGGCCUUUCUGUUUGCCGUUAUCAUCGCUCCUCAGUGAUGGAGGGACUGCCGGUUGUGUUGAUGUCAUUAUUCAAAGAGUUUAUCCCACACAGUGGAUGGAAAAGUUAUCAACGGGUUCCUAUGUGUUUCGUAAUGAACGAGCUGAAGAAAGAGAAGCCGCAAGGCAUAAAGACAGUCAACAAAAGACCAUGCAAGCAUUGCUUGCAAAAAUACAAGCUAAAUUUGAAAAGAAUGAGGAUGAAGGCAAAAGAUCACUGAGAUCCCGCAUACUAACCAGACAACAGAUUCGCUCCCUGCAAGAUGGUGCAGAGCUUUAUGAGGCAAUUCUUAAUGCUCCUGAUCCACCUUACAUGGAGGGCUAUUUUAGUGAGGAGCAAUUAAAAGCAUUGAACAGUCAUAGGCAGAUGGUAAAUGAUAAAAAGCAAGCACAGAUAGAAGCAGAAUUCAGAAAAGCAGUGGAAUCUGCAGAGCAGGAGGAUCACAGUUCCUACAGAAGGGAUGUAACCCCUGCAAUGAAACUACGUAUUGUGGAUUAUGGAAAAGAAGAAAGAAGCAAAGAAGCUCUAUUGAACAUCUGGCGUCCAUCAUCACAUGUUCACAUCCUCCUAAAGGAAGGAGGUCGGUACAGAAUCUUCCAGCUAGCCGCAUCUCAAUCCAAAGGCAAGUUGGAGGCGGCUAAUAUACAGCUAACGGCUACCAAGAAAACUCAGUAUCUACAGCUGCCGGUCUCUCAAGAGAUUCUGGCGCAUAUUUAUAAGCCGAGGGAAUGUCUGAGGUUCAGCGAGAUAUUGGAGCCCUGUUUCCAACCCACCUGCUCUGAAGUGGAUUUGGUGGGAUAUGUAGUUUAUCUCAGGAAAGAAACAGGUUCCUCUGUGUUGUAUUUGUCAGAUGAAAAUUGUAAUCUGAUAGCAGUCCAGAUCUAUGCAGAUUUUAAGCAGCUUGCUCUUGAAGACAUUAUUAUUCCUACUAAGUUAAUUUCUGCAACCAAUCUUAAGUGGCAACCUAAACUUAGAUCAGACAUUCCAGUGUUGUUUGCUGGAGAUCUUACUGCAUUUUCUUCAAAUCCAAAGGAAAGACAUCUUCAAGGGAAAUUUAAUGAACUGAAAAACAUUAUAGAGAACAACAGCUAUUUUGUCAAAGAUGUUCAACAGAGGCUUAUGAAUUUGCUUCAGGCAACUGCUUGUGAGUCAGCUAACUUGCCCAAAGAAUGUGGCUUGAAUCCUUUCCCCUGGAAAUCUAGUGCAAGAAAUACACAUUCAAUCGCAACUCCUACCGGUGAACUAAAACAUCAGAGCCCAUUGACUGUUGGAAAGCUGAAUUCAACACCGACAGUUUCACUAGACUCAGAAGAAAUGACCCAAGAUCUACAAGAAACUUCUAAGAACUAUAAGAAAAGGAAAGCACUGGACCUGCUCAGUCGAGUACCUUCCCCUCCCCCAGUCAAGCCAGUCUGCACAUUUGUUUCCCCAUCUCUGAAAAAGGCAUUUCAGCCACCCCGGAGUUGUGAUACCCACCAUGCAAGAUCAUUAGAACGAGCAGCCUGUAAGUCUGUGAAAACACCUUCCCUGAAAAGAUUAAAUGAGACUCUUGAAAACAAUUUUGUUGCUGAUGAAGAACUUGCCAUGAUAAAUACACAAGCCCUUUUAAAUAACUUUCUGAAAGAGAGAAAAGCUGCCUUUACAGAUAAAGCUACUCAUGCAGUAGUUAAUGAUUCACCAGAUAGCUGUUUGCCGAGAGAGACUACUUCCCAGUCAGCUGGCAGAAAAAAUACAUUGCAAGAGAGUAAGGAAGGAACUGAGACUCCUGGAAAGGGCAUCAGUAAAACGAAGAGUUCAUGGGCUGUGCCGAAGGAACAGCAAAGACGACAAAGACAGAAAUAG